AUGAUAACGAUAGAUUUAAAUGAAAAUUUAUCAUCAGAAUCUUCAAUUCAACUAAAUCAAGUUAUUAAAUAUAUUUUCAAAUCCAAAAAAACAACUAUACUAACAGGUGCUGGUAUUUCAUGUAAUGCUGGAAUACCCGAUUUUAGAUCUGAUGAUGGCUUGUACAAUAUGGUUAAAUCAAAAUAUCCUAAAGCAUUAGUUAAAGGUCAAGAUUUAUUUGAUAUUUCAUUGUUUAGAGAUUCUCAAUCUCUUUCUAUAUUUUGUACCUUUAUGGAAUCAUUAUAUAAUGCAAGUUUAUUAGCCAAACCAACAGAAACUCAUAAAUUUAUUAAGACUUUAAAAGAUAAAAAUAAAUUAUUAAGAUGUUAUACGCAGAAUAUAGAUUGUCUAGAAAAAAAUAUGAAUUUAAACUUAGGUUUAUCAUCAGAUUCAAGUAAUAGUAGUUUUAAAGAAGAUUGGAAGAAUUUUGAUGUUAUACAAUUACAUGGUAAUUUACAUAAAUUAUCGUGUACAAAUUGUUUUUCAAAUUUUAAUUGGAAUGAAAACUUUCAAAAAUUAUUAUCAGAUGGUUUAAAUCCAGAAUGUUCAAAAUGUUUAGAAAAUUAUGAAAAAAGAUUAUAUUCCGGUAAAAGAUUAACAAAUAAUAUGAUCGGAAUGUUAAGACCUGAUAUUGUAUUAUAUGGAGAAAAUCAUCCUCAAUCUGAAUUAUUAAGUCAAGGUUUAUCUUCAGAUUUAAAAUUAAAACCUGAUUUAUUAAUUAUAAUGGGAACUUCAUUAAAAGUAGAUGGAGUUAAGAAAUUAGUAAAAAGUUUAUCAAAUAAAAUACAUGAAUUUAAAAAUUCAAAAAAUGAUGGCAAAGUUAUAUUUAUAAAUAAGACUCCAUUGUCUAAACAAUGGGAAAAAUUCAUUGAUUAUGAAAUAAUAAGUGAUUGUGAUGAUUUUGUAAAAAUAUUAAAGAAAGAAAUACCAGAUUUAUUCUUAACUCAAGAACAAAUAGAUAGUAAGAAAUUGAAAAAUAAAUUUAAUCACGUAAUGAUAAAACAAGAACGAAAAAUAACAAAGAAUCCAAUAAUAAAGAAAGAGAAGAUAAAAAGAAAACAAGAAAAGGGAAAUACUACAGUAAAGCAGCAACACAAUGAAAUAAAUAUAAAAAUAGAAGAUUCUGAUGAUGUACAAUUUGAAUCGGAAGUUUUUACAAAUGGUGAUGAAACAGAUGAAGACAUAAAGGAUAAUAUCCUAACUCCACCAAUUACACCUACUAAAAAACGAAGACCAACAUUGAAAAGAAAGCGACCACAACAACAAAAACAACAACAAAAUAAAAGAUUAAAACGUCCACCAUCAAAAGGUUUAACUCCACCAUCAUCAUUUUCUGAAGAUUUACCCCUAAAAUGUUUGACUACUUCACAAAUGAAUCAGAUGAUACAAGUAGGAUCAUCUAAUGUAAAAGCAGAAUCGAUAAGUGUAUAA